AUGGCCGUGGUUACCCUGCGAGAGCUCAUUGAUCGUUGGGAGGCGGGAGACCCCACCGCCUCCGAACUGAUGGAUCGCCCCUGGACGCAAGGACUCAGCAGCGCGGACGACGACGAAGCAGCAGAUGCAUGUGCUGCGUCUUUAACGCCAGACGUACGUCGGGGCUGUCGACUCAGCCGAGCUUGCAGUGAACAGGAUGCGCGCAUCUGGUCCUCCGUCCUGGCCUCCUUGGCGACACCGCCAGACAUGAAUCCCACAGGGGCAGAUCCGAGGUCGAUGGUGCCUUCUCUGCUCCAACGCAUGCUGAUCCAGACAGCCUCGGAUGACAUACCGCUGUCACAGGAGCUCGAUGAAGCUUGUGCUGCAGUACUGCAGCGUUACUCCAAGUUUUUCGCUGGCGUCGUCCGUUAUGGCCGUCUGCUGGACUACGGCCUGCCCUUCGACAUGGCCAUCGCUGCAGCCCACAGCUGUGCUACUUUGGACACAGGGAUGGCCAAGGAGCCUCACGUGCACGAGCAGUUGUGCUCCGUUGCUGGAAUGCCGGACGUGCCUGGCCACGAUCAGCAGGAAGCCAGAGCAGGAGCUUCGGACUUCAAGGCCUUUGCCCGGCUAACAUCCUGCAUCAAGCGACGCGCAGCGAAGGUCUCUGGGACCGGCGAUGAAGCAGGAGGCCCAGGGCCAGCAUCGACCCGGAGAACUGCCACAGAGGGAUUUUUACCCGCAAUCGGGGACGACGCGGAGGCCGACCUUGGGGACGGGCUUGUUCCAGUGAGGCUGGUGCUCUUGGAGGGUGACGAGGUCCUUUUGCAAGGAGUGGCCUGCGGCCACUACGCAUGGAUGACCUUGAGUAGUGUGUUUGCCCCUGGAGCCUCCAAGGCCUCAGCGCAGCAUCGGGCUGUGCUCGGCCUUGGCCCGGAAGCGGGGCCGCGAGAGGCUGGUCGCGCCUACCGCCAGCUUGCCAGGCAACACCAUCCCGACAAGGGUGGCGAUCCAGAAGCAUUUCGACGACUGCGAGCUGCUUACAAGGCACUUUCAGCGAUGGAUCCUGAGAUUGACGCCCCCGUGACGCCACCCAGGGAUGUUCUUGCAAAGCACGGCGGCUCUUUGGCGGGCAAGAAGGCCUUCCCGGUGGUGCUUAUCACUGGCGCCUGCAAUGGCAUUGGCUUGGCUGUGGCUGAGGCCAUGCUGGAGGCGUGCCCGGACUGCAGACUGCUUGUGAAUGGGCGCAGCAUCGAGCGAGUAGACGGCAUGCGAGCGAAGCUUUCAGCGGAUGCCCAAAGCCGUUGCCAGGCUGCGCUGGCCGAUCUGAGCAGCCUUCGAGAGGUGGACGCGCUGAGCAAGGAGUUGGCCCAGUCUCCGCCCGAUGUCAUUGUGUGCUGUGCUGGCAUUGCAACCCUUCCAAGAUGGACGCCUACAUCAGACGGAUACGAGAGUCAGUUCGCUGUGAACCACUUGGCUCAUUUUCAUCUGGCUUGGAGCCUGGCGCAAUCUGCUGCCAAGCCCAUCCGUGUGGUGAUGGUCUCCUCGGACCUUCAGCGAGUGGGGCAGAAAUUUCUGCAGUUAGAUCUUGAGACCAUCAACAGCAAAAGCCACUACAGCUUCAUUGGCAACUACUUGGCCUCAAAGUAUUGCAACGUCCUGUUUGCGCGUUCCCUGCACCAGCGAAAGGUCCAGGCGGUCAGCUGCACUCCAGGCGAGGUGGACACAGACAUCGACCGACACCUUCCUUGGCUUCUUCGCGUUACCUUCCGUGCCUUCCGCGCCUUCAGCCGCGCGCAGACACCAGAGCAGGGUGCUGCUGCCGUGGCCUACUGCGCAGCGGCACCUGUCACAUCUGGCGGUUUCUACGCGCGGUGUGUUCUCACAGAACUUCAAGGUCCUGCAAUGGAGAACCAGCUUUGGACCUUUAGCGAGCAACUGGUGGCGGCGGCCUUGCAGCAGGACGCGGAUCAGCGGCUGCACGCCUCGUGA